AUUCACGUGGGCAUUGUUGUUGGACCGUACAAUGACGUAAUCAGGAACUUCUCUCGAGCCAAACCAGCUGAGUUGUGUUUUGCAUCAUUCAGAUUGACUGAUGUUCCUCAUCAGAGACCAAAACACUGUCUGUCUUCGUGUGUGUGAGCACAAUGUAAAGUGGCACUGAGGUAAGGCUUGUGUUCCUUCAGUCAAGCAUUAAAAUGGUGCCUGUUUAUGCUGCCUGUGCCUUGUUUAGCCUCGCACCCUUGUUGGUGCUUGGUAUUCCCCCCAUUUGGACCCAGCCAGAACAGGUGCACCUCUCCUAUCCAGGAGUGCCAGGUUCCAUGGAAGUGACCUGGACCACCUUCAACAAGACGGAGAGCAAGGUUGAGUACGGCUUGCUCGGGGGUCGGCUCUUUGAGAUGGUGGCCAAAGGUGAUGCUACUCUGUUUGUGGACUCUGGGAUGGAGAAGAGGAAGAUGUACAUCCACAGAGUCACUCUUACAGGCCUCAAACCUGCUGCUACUUAUGUGUACCACUGCGGCAGUGAUGUGGGCUGGAGUGAUGUGUUCUCCUUCACUGCCUUGAACGACAGCACUAGUUUCAGUCCCAGGUUUGCUCUGUAUGGCGACCUGGGCAAUGAGAACCCUCAGUCUCUGGCUCGACUGCAAAAGGAAACACAGCUCGGCAUGUAUGAUGUCAUCCUACACAUAGGGGACUUCGCCUAUGAUAUGCAUGAGGACAAUGCCAGGAUCGGAGAUGAGUUUAUGCGGCAGAUCCAGUCCAUAGCAGCCUACGUGCCCUACAUGACCUGUCCAGGCAACCAUGAAUCUACAUACAACUUCUCCAACUACAGAAAUCGCUUCAGCAUGCCAGGCCAGACCGAGAGCCUGUGGUACAGUUGGAACCUGGGGUCAGCGCACAUCAUCUCCCUCUCCACUGAGGUUUAUUUCUAUCUCGAAUUCGGCAAGGAUCUUCUCUUCAAGCAGUACGAGUGGUUGAAGAAAGACCUGGAGGAGGCCAACAAGGCUGAGAACAGAGCAGUGCGUCCAUGGAUCAUCACCAUGGGACACAGACCCAUGUACUGCUCCGAUGAUGACCAGGAUGACUGUACCAACUUUGACUCAUAUGUGCGGCUGGGACGAAAAGACAUCAAACCACCAGCUCCUGGUCUAGAGGAUCUAUUUUACCGCUAUGGCGUAGAUCUGGAGUUGUGGGCACAUGAGCACACAUAUGAGAGGCUUUGGCCUGUCUAUGGUGACAAGGUGUACAAUGGGAGCAAAGAGCAGCCUUAUGUGAACCCCAAAGCUCCAGUGCACAUAAUCACGGGCUCUGCUGGCUGCAGAGAGAAGACUGACAGGUUCAAUCCAAACCCCAAAGACUGGAGUGCUUUCCGCAGCACAGACUAUGGCUACACCCGCAUGCAAGUGGUCAAUGCCACCCAUCUUUACUUGGAGCAGGUCUCUGAUGACCAGUAUGGCAAGGUGAUUGACAGCAUAUGGGUGGUGAAGGAAAAGCAUGGCUGGUCUGCCUGGGUCUGAAGAAAAAACUAUCUGCUAAGGAAAUGCACUUUGAAUUUUAAACAAGCACAUUUUGUGUAGCGUCACACCCAAUCAUAAUGGAAAUUUACGUUUUUACUCCUGAUCAUUCAGCUUUUCAAAUUAAGCAGUAGUGAAUCUUUUGAUUUCAGACAUGCUCCACAGUUUUAUCCCGUUGAAAGAUCCAAUUUUUGAGGACCACCUACUGUGAAAAUACAUAAUGUAAAUGUAAUUUGCAAACAGGGCAUUAAAAACUGUUUUAUGUUUGAAUAAAUCCUGAUUUUUAUAUGAAUGUAUAGUUCUUCCUCCAAUAAAUUACUGUUGAUCACUGUA